AUGAACGGAAAUGUUUCCGAAUGGUAUAACGAAUGCGACAAUGCCAUUAGAAGGUCAGAAAUAGUUCCUGGAACUUACGAAUAUACAACUGCUGUUUCUUAUGGAAACGUAGGUGAGUUUGGUGAAGGUUCUUCAACAACAGUAGAUAUUGCUUGCGACAGGUUUCAUAUUAUUUCUAUUGACAACUCAUUCUUAUACGUGGAACAAGACAUUGAAAUAAAACCUUCUGCCAAGUUGUCUGACAAGAAAGGUUGCAAUGGAAUUUUCUAUGUCGGAUACCAAUAUGCUCCAGAAGUUUUCAUGGGAUAUAAGAUAUAUUCUAACUCUGACUUAGUUCAAACAGUAACAUGGGCAAACUAUGAAUGGUUCGCUUUGAGAAACUCAGUACAACCACAAGCUAGAGAACAAACAGACCAGUAUGCAACUAUUGAGAAAAUAAGAAGACUUGACCCUAACGUUCCAGGAGUUUAUGUUAACCUUUCUGGUUCAGAUGGAACUGCUGCCACUAAAGUAAAACUGAAACUUAGAGUUCCUUUGUCAUCUUUCCUCAUCUUCAGGUUUUUAAGAUACUUGCCAAACUGGGCAGGAAAAAUUUCUAUCGAACUUACUCCAAGCAAAAAUAACUUAGUCAUUGCACCAACGCAAGACCCAUUCACUAUUACAGACGUAACGGGAACAAAUAAAACGUCAUUCGCCGACUUUUGCAAAGACAAAGUUGACUUAGACUUUGGUUUCUCAAACCUCAACACUGAAGUAAACUAUUAUUUCAAUGCUGCUGGAACUGCUUGGGACCCAGUUAAGUUCACAUGCGAAAAAUUUGAAUGCAAGAGAAUAGAAAGCAGACUUGCAGUCUAUAUGUUGGACCCAGAUAUUUCAAAUGCUUUAGCUGCCAAAUAUAUUGCAGUUCCACUUAUGUUCCCUAUACACCAAAUAUCUGUCAAAGACUUUGCAGGUGAAGUUGGAAACCAAAGUGCUGA